AUGCCUGUAGACACAUCAAGUGAGGAAGGAUCCCUCAACCAUGUGGCCAGGGACGAGCUGUCCAACAGGGGACUGUCCUUCACCAACCCGCACAGCAGAUUUCUUAAUACUCGUGCUUUUGUGCCAAGUUCUACACGUGCAAACUACCCAGCCAAGGGCCUUCAGUUACAACCCACCAAGGUGUUCGGGACAUAA